AUGCAGAUGAGCCGCCUGCGCCGGGCGCUGCGCUGCGGCGCCGUGGGCGCCGGGGGGCUGUCGGUGCUGGGCUUCGGCCAGGCCGCGCACUUGCGGUGGAGCUAUCGGUGCCCAGUCGAGCCGCUGGGCGAGCGCCACGGAAGAGCCGGCCACGCUUUUCAAGGAAAGCCUGUAAGGCUGCUCUUUGUUGGCGACUCCAUUGCUGUUGGCGUUGGGGCCAAAGUGGCCGCCCCACUGCAGGCGGCGUGCGCGGAGCGCCUGGCCAAGUUGCAGCGGCAGCCGGUGGAGUGGCGCACCGUGGCGGCCAACGGCGCGGACGUGCGGGAGCUGCACGCGCUGCUGGGCGGACCAAAGGUCAUCGAUCUAGGCUUCGACAUCGCGGUGGUUCUCUGCGGCGUGAACGACGGCAAGAAGGUGCUGCAAGGCCGUUGGCCGUCGCACUUCCGAGAGGACCUUGCGGCGCUAUGCGGCACACUGAGGCGAGCGGCGCCUGAGGGGGUCAUCACCGUUCCGCGGCUGCUAGGCCAUGUGGAGGCGCCGCUCUUUCAGACGUGGCCGAUGUGCCAUUUAGUGGAUGUUCUUUUCGGCCAAUUCGAAGCGCAGAAGAUGACGCUGGCGGCGGAUGGGGUGAGGUGUUCGGAGCCCGACAGCUUGGUGCUGAGCACGGACCAGCGCCUCUGGUCUGUUGACGGGGUCCACCCCUCCUGCGAGGGCUACCGGCGCAUCGGGGACUGGCUGGGCGCGCACCUCGCACGCCUGGGCAGCCGCGUCGAGUAG